GCUCAAGUAUCAGUACAGGGUCUGCUUCGGAGCCCUAAUUUCAUUAUCGCGCCAACUUCCCGAUCAAGAGCUCAAGAGCAAACUCCAAAAUUUCGUUUUUUUCCCUCAGUGGUGGUCAGUUCCCAGUGCUUCGAUCCGGGAGCAUCCAUGGCGGACGAUGGAGGGAGGAACGUGCUAGAGACGGCGCGCGCUGAUCGCUCCGUGUGGCUGAUGAAAUGCCCUCCUGUGGUUUCCCGCGCAUGGCAAGCCGCUGCGGCGUCCUCGUCCUCUUCCGAAGCCUCGGCCACCCAACCCGUCGUCGCUAAGGUCGUUCUCUCCGUCGAUCCCCUCUGCAAGGAUGAUCCCUCUUCCGUCCAGUUUAAGAUGGAAAUGGCCCAAACUGACCCUGGAAACACACCUAAAAGUUAUUCGCUCAAUAUGUUCAAAGACUUUGUUCCAAUGUGUGUUUUCUCUGAAUCAAGCCAAGGAAAAUAUUCAAUAGAAGGAAAGGUGGAACAUAAAUUUGAUAUGGAGCCUCAUAGUGAUAAUUUGAAGGACUAUGGUAAACUGUGCCGUGAAAGGACAAAUAAGGCUAUGAUUAAAACUAGACAAGUCCAGGUGAUUGAUAAUGACCACGGUGUGCUUAUGAGGCCAAUGCCUGGCAUGGUUGGUUUAAUCCCUUCUGGUUCAAAGGAAAAGAAAAAACCAACUCCAACAAAACAAUCUGACGUGAAGCGAACAAGAAGGGAUCGGCGAGAACUGGAGAACAUAAUCUUCAAGCUUUUUGAAAGGCAACCGAAUUGGGCUUUGAAGCAACUGGUUCUAGAGACAGACCAGCCUGAGCAAUUCCUGAAAGAAAUAUUAAAUGACCUGUGUGUUUACAACAAAAGGGGACCAAACCAAGGAACCCAUGAGCUUAAGCCAGAAUACAAGAAAUCCAGUGAGGAUGUGGACACUGCUUAGGUACAUGUUCUGUUCUCAGUAAAAACUUCACUGAUUACAGUUGUGCGCAAAUUGUAUAUCCAAACCAUCGUUUUACUGUCAUUUCCCUAUCAACCUUGUGGAUCUACAAAUACAGGACAAGUGAAAAUUACACAUUGGCAUUAUAGCUCUUAUCAGGCUAGUUUGACUUGAUUUGUAUUAAUACUGUUACACCCCUGCUUUCUAAAUCAUAAUCAAUAUGUUUUCAUCUGA